UGGGACAUUACCUGGCAAGCAGGCAUUGUAAGGCGGGGCUAUGGCGGUCCUUCGUCUCCAUUCAUCAUCAUCCACAUCAUCAUCAUCACCAUCAUCAUUUUCACAUCACACAGAGAGGCAGACGAAGAAGAAGAGGUAGGGAAACCACAUCAUCAGAGCCAUCGUCUUCUUCUCACCACUUUCUUUCUCCCUACUUUCUCUCUCUAUCCUCCUCCGACUGCCUCCACGCCUCUCCAUUUUUCAGGUACUUUGAUUUUUAUUUUUUUCGGAUUCCGAAUCCAGAUCGAGGAAUUAGGGUUUGUUUUUCCGAGCUGAUUUUUCUUUUCGGUUAGAAUUGGGGUUUUUGAUUCGUCGCGUUAGGGUUUUGGGUGAAUUUUUUUGUUUGUUCGUCUGUUUUUCCGAUGGAGAAUCGAUUGAUUUGGAGUGGGAAACUGGGGGGUUGCGGGUGUGCAUCGGAGGUGGUGAUUGGGGAAUUCGUGGGCCGUUGUAUGGCUUGAAUUCCAUACUCAUGUGUAAUAAAGGAAUUGCACGCGUGAGCGACUCUGUUGAUCAGAAACAGCACCAGGCUGUGUAUUUGAUGGAUAGCCCUUCUGCGACUCCUAGUUCAGCCCCUGGGUCGAACGAUGAGAACCCUCGUGUGAAGUUUUUGUGUAGUUUUUCUGGUAGUAUAUUGCCCAGGCCACAGGAUGGGAAGCUGAGGUAUGUGGGUGGGGAGACGAGAAUUGUAAGCGUGCCCCGGGAUAUUGGUUAUGAGGAGCUGAUGGGGAAGAUGAAGGAGCUUUUUGAUAUGGCGGCAGUUUUGAAAUACCAGCAACCUGAUGAGGAUCUUGAUGCUCUUGUCUCGGUUGUGAACGAUGAUGACGUGACCAAUAUGAUGGAGGAAUAUGACAAGUUGGGUUCUGGGGAUGGGUUCACUAGGCUUAGGAUUUUUCUGUUUUCGCAUCCCGACCAAGAUGGUGGUUCUUCGCAUUUUGUUGAUGUUGAUGAUACUGAGAGGAGGUAUGUGGAUGCUUUGAAUAAUUUAAACGAUGCUUCGGAUUUUAGGAAGCAGCAGGUGGGUGAGUCGCCGACUAUGAGUGCAAUUGAUGAUAUUCAUUUGGCUGAACAGUUCUUUAACUCCAUAAGUCUUGAGGGUGGUCUCCAUAACCAGAGAAACUGUGAGAUGCCUAUGUCUCAGUUCAACUUGCAUCACCUUACAAUUCCUCAUAUGGGGUCGGGGCAACACCAACCUGUUGCUCAGAGGUAUAAUGAAAUGGAGUCUCAGUGGAACCCUGCCUACUUUUCCCCUAGGCAUCACGGACACCAUGAUGCAAGGCCGCUGGCAGAGUAUCCAUCUUCACCUUCAUCUGCGAGGUUCCGCAUGCCAUUUGGGGAGUUACCAGAUAAAUGCAUUGAUAGAGUGCCUGAAGAAUACAGUCGGCAGCCAGUGAAUCCCCAAGCUCCAUAUGAUCAUCAACCACAAGCUUCAGAUAAUGUUGUAUGGCUGCCAACAGGAGCUAUAUCCAGUGAGAAGGCAGGUUUUCCGGGUAGCAUGCUUCAUGGCCCCAAUGUUUUUGAAGGGAAUAGUAUCUGUGAGCAUUGCCGGAUGACUUUCCAUAGACAUUUAGAGCAACCCAACAUGGGGAAUGGAUUGCCUCCAGUUGCUAAUCCAUGUGCAGAGUGCCCCCCAGGUAGGGAGUCUUUUUUGUUGAAUACAGAUGCAAAAAUGCAGCAUGGAAUAUAUCCAAAAGAGCACAAUGAUCCUCGAUCUCUGUAUAAUGAAACUCAUAAUCAUGAACGGGGAUGGAUUCUACAGCAUCAGUUGAAUCCUCGGGCUGAGGAUGCAAGAGCUCAAAUCUCUGGAGCUGGAAGGUUGAAUGAUCCGUACAUUGUAGAUGGUUCUGGCGUGAAUUUUCCAGUUGCACAUGGUAAUUUGCCGGAUAACCAUCACGUGUCUUCAAAUUAUGUCCAUCAUGAAGACCCACGGUACAUUCGAACUGGACCUGAGUUGGGGAAUGGAGUAUUCCAUGACCAAGCUGUAGCUGCUGGCCCUGCUAUCAAUGUUCCUCCUCUGGAAGAGCGUGCUGUUCGCUAUGGCAAUUUGCCUUAUCCUUAUGGAGCUGAUAAUCUUUACCAAGUCUCACACGGACAUGUACCUGCACAUGCUUUAUGGAGAAAUGUUCAGAACCCAAUGCAUGGUGCUCCCUCUUAUGAAGCAUCCACUUCAACCUGUCAAGCAAAUGGUUCAGUUAAUCCAGGACCCAUUAGGGGUACACGGGAGGGUAGUCCUAGGUUCUGUGUUGGGUUAGAUAAUCAAAAUCCUUGGGGUGAAUCAUCACAGAAAAUACUAGGUUUUGAUGGCUCUGCUCUCCCUGAUUAUUCUUAUGGCCAUGCUACAAAAUUGAACCCAAACACUCAUGGUCAGGAAGGCCAACACCCAUUUGCUCCAGGUCCUGUUCCAUCCCCAUCUGACAUGUUAAAGUUUGCUGCUCCUAUGGAACCAUUGCAUUUCACAAAUUCAUCUCCAACUUUAAUGGAUGAUAAGUUUGUUGCUUCAGCCAAUUUGAGUUACAAUCCAGAAUCAAGGGAUGAUAAUAAUGUAAAUCAAACAGUUAUAAUGGAGGCUAAACAAGCUUUUAGAGAAGGAAAGGAAGAGAUUCACAUGGAGAAGGUUGAAGAUAAUGAUAUGCCAGUUACCUCCCUUCCAGAGAAAAACAAUAAUGCAGAUAAGAAAUGUGAGGUGGCAUCUCUGGAGCCUGUCAACUUACCAGCUGAAGAUAAUGUUUUUAAACCUGUUGUCAACGAUUGUGCUCCUCUUGAAGAAGAUGCUAAACUGGAUGUUAGCAAUUUGUCUUUCUUACCAGAGUUGAUUGCUUCUGUCAAAAGGGCUGCAUUAGAAAGUGCUGAGGAGGUGAAAGCUAAAGUUCAAGAAAAUGCUGAUGCAGUGCAUGCUUCAUCAACUAAAGAGGCUUCAAACGAAUUGGAGACAGCCAAUGCCCUGGGGGAUUUGGAGUUGGAUUCUGACAAUGAUAAUGUGAAUACAUUCAAGAUUGAGCCAACAAAGGCUGAAGAAGAAGCUCUUUCAAGGGGAUUACAGACAAUAAAAAAUGAUGAUCUGGAGGAGAUUCGGGAAUUAGGUUCUGGUACGUAUGGAUCUGUUUACCAUGGAAAAUGGAAGGGGUCUGAUGUAGCAAUAAAGAGAAUCAAAGCCAGCUGCUUUGCUGGGAGACCAUCUGAAAGAGAACGUUUGAUCGCGGAUUUCUGGAAGGAGGCUUUGAUAUUGAGUUCAUUACAUCAUCCAAAUGUCGUUUCCUUUUAUGGUAUAGUUCGUGAUGGCCCUGGUGGCUCUUUAGCAACUGUGACAGAAUUCAUGGUUAAUGGUUCUUUGAAACAAUUUUUGCAGAAAAAGGACAGGACAAUAGAUCGUCGGAAGAGACGCAUCAUAGCUAUGGAUGCUUCAUUUGGAAUGGAGUAUUUACAUGGCAAGAAUAUUGUACAUUUUGACUUAAAAUGUGAGAAUUUAUUAGUAAAUAUGAGAGAUCCACAUCGACCUGUUUGCAAGAUUGGUGACUUGGGUUUAUCAAAGGUUAAACAGCAUACGUUAGUAUCAGGAGGUGUUCGUGGAACACUUCCUUGGAUGGCACCAGAGCUUCUUAGUGGGAAAACCAACAUGGUAACAGAAAAGAUUGAUGUAUACUCAUUUGGAAUUGUGAUGUGGGAAUUGCUUACUGGGGACGAACCUUAUGCAGAUAUGCAUUGUGCUUCUAUAAUUGGAGGAAUCGUGAACAACACAUUACGUCCACAAAUUCCAAGAUGGUGUGAACCCGAAUGGAAAUAUUUGAUGGAGAGUUGCUGGGCUUCCGAUCCAGCAGAGAGGCCAUCAUUCUCAGAAAUCUCUCAAAAGCUGAGGAAUAUGGCUGAUGCCCCAAUUACAAAAUGAUGCUGGACUUGCAACCGGUUUGUUUGCCUACCCUGUACAGUAGCCCAAAAGUGAAAUAAGAAAUCUAGAUUUUGCUUUUUAUAGUCACCUAAUGGUUCCCUGUGUAUGCACAGGCUAAUAAUGCAACACUAUGCCUUCGUCCAUCUUGAAUGAAAUGAAACUUUUAUAGUACUCCCAUGAAAUGAUAUUUGUUCUUUAUAGAGUACACUUAUAUAUGCACUCCAAAACUCUGAACUGCAUUACAGUAGGGAAAAUUACCUAAUGCGACAAGAAGAGCUGCAAUGCACAACUGAAAUGUCCAUUAUUUUGAACAUGAUUAGGAUGGUGGCACCAAUCUUAACGACAUGGGUGCUUUCUAUAAUACUCUAUUAUAUGUCCUCGAGGAGAAACCAAGCUACCAUGGAAGGAUGUGUAUAUAAAUUUUAUUCUAAUAGAGUGUUCUAAACUUCAUCUUCAGAGUAUAAUGAUAUGCAUUAUGCUCUAUAACUAUGGAUGAAACUUGGAACUUGGAUUCAUGAGAUAUUCUUUGUUGAUUCUUCACUUAUAUUUUUAUAAUAUACCUAGGGUUUUUCAUUCAUCAUUAA